AUGCAAACCCUAGCUCUCCGAACAAUUUUAAGGAAGAGAAAGCGGCGAGGAGGAAGAAGAAGAAGAACAAGAGAGAAUGAAAAAACCCAAAUCAAAGCAACAUCAGAACUCAAUCUACUAAACCUUCCUGAAGAAAUCCUUAUCGAAAUACUCUCAAGAUUACCCCUCAAAUCACUCCUCCAAUUCAAUCUCGUUUCCAAGCAAUGGCGUUCUUUGAUUCAAUCAGGUUUUGUGAAAAGCGUUGUUCCAAAACACAAGGUUUUCGUUUGUGCAAUGUUUUCUUCUCUUUACUCCAUCGAUGAAGAUUGCUGCGUGAAAAGCGUUCCUAAACCAAACCAAAAAAACCCAUCUCAUGGUGAUGUUGAAAUCUCUGGUUCGUGUAAUGGGUUGUUGCUUAUUCUGAUUCACGAUGAUUUGUUCUUAUGGAAUCCGCUCACCAGGUGUUCGAAGAAAGUCCUGGGAUACGAGAACUUGCAUGAUGAUGGCUACCAUAUUGCUUCUGGGCUUUGCUUUGAUUCCUUAAGUAAUGACUACAAGGCUGUAAUGGCCCUUUCUCAUCAGACUCCUAGUUAUGGUGGUGAAUUUGCUGUGGUUGCCCAUGAAAUCGUUUACUUCAAUUUGCGAAUGAACAAAUUCAAGAAGUUACCAAUGCCACAACCUAAGAAUGGAGGAGAUAUUCUAUUUGGUUUGGGAGUUUUGGAAGGAUGCCUUUGUAUGGUUUGUUGCUGUGAUGAGCAUCGAAGCUAUCAUGUGGGUAUUGUUGAGGUAUUGACAAUGAAGGAAUAUGGUAAGCAAGAAUUUUGGAUUACUAUGUUCAUCUUAUCAAAUCUUCCUAGUUUAAAUCUUUAUAAUGAGCUAGUGCCAUUGUGUUAUGCAAAGAAUGGUGAAGUUCUAAUGAAAGUUGCCAUGGAUCAUAUACGAACUUACAAUCCUAUUGACAACUCUCAAAGAAAAGUUAGAAUUUCAAACAAAUGUAAGUAUUUGGAUGCAAUUAUAUAUGAGGAAAGUUUAGUUACACCUCCCGACAACAAUUGGGAGGAGGAAGAGUUGAGAGGAGAAGCAACACAUGUCGAAACAUGGCUUUCAGGCUCUUGGCAAAAAAUUAAAAAGGUAAGAGGUUAUUGGAAAUAUGGUAAGUCGAGCUUCGUAGAGGAAGAAUAUAGAGAGUCAGACUCGAAAGAGCUAUCCAUGUGA